AUGCAUCCUCCAAGAGCUCCACAUGGGGCCCUUGAUACGAAAGGGAAAGUGGCAGCCAGGCCCUUCUCUGGGCCAUGGAAAGUCUCUGAUCCAACUGUGUUCCAAAUGACCUUGGUCGCUGCUCUGUUGGCAACUGUUCUUGGCAAUUGUGGUCCUCCACCUUAUUUACCGUUUGCUUCUCCGAGAAAUAAGUUGCAUGACACAGACUUCAAAACUGGAACUAAACUGAAAUACACCUGCCAUCCUGGCUAUAGUAUAAUCGGUUCAACUUCAGUUACUUGUAAUGACAGAGGCUCAUGGGACUAUAGUGCUUUCUGUGCUAAGAAACAAUGCAGAAACCUAGGAGAUUUACCCAAUGGGAAAGUGGAAGUUAAGACAGAUAUUCUUUUUGGUUCAACGAUAGAAUUCAGCUGCUCAGAGGGUUAUAUCUUAGUUGGCUCAACCACUAGUCAUUGUGAGAUCCAGGAUAAAGGAGUUGGCUGGAGUGAUCCUCUCCCUCAAUGUAUAAUUACCAAGUGUGAGACUCCUCCAGCCAUCAGCAAUGGGAAGCACAACGGUGGAGAUGAAGACCUCUACACGUAUGGUUCUUCUGUCACCUACAGCUGUGACCCUGGCUUCUCAAUGUUAGGCAAAGCCUCCAUUUCUUGCACAGUGGAAAAUAAGACAAUAGGUGUCUGGAAUCCAAGCCCUCCUACUUGUAAAAAUGUUGUCUGUCAUCGACCACAAGUUCCAAAUGGAAUCAUUGACUCUGGGUUUGGACCCAUCUAUAACUACAGAGACUCUAUUGUGUUUAGCUGCAAGAAAGGUUAUAUCCUCAAUGGCAGCCGUUUAAUCCAUUGUGAAGCUAAUAAUGAGUGGCAUCCUUCUCCUCCCAUUUGUGAACUUAAUAGUUGUAUUGGGUUACCAGACAUUCCCCAUGCUGUCUGGGAUAGAAGAGGCCACAAGCUAAGUAAUGAAGUAGUAUCUGCAGUUGGGACUGAGUUGAAAUAUCAGUGCAAACGUGGCUACAGACCUAUUCCAGAUGAACCUCUGACUGUGACUUGUCAGGAAAAUUUCACAUGGACACCAUCCAAAGGGUGUAAAUAGGUUUGUUGUCCAAUACCAGAGCUGAAACAUGGCAGAAUCACUCAACACAGAAGAAGCAUGAGCAGUAACUUUACUUAUUUCAUUGGAGAUGUGGUUUCAUAUAUAUGUUGUGAGAAACAUACAUCUCAGGCUACAUGCAUGGCAGAUGGCAGGUGGAGUACCCAAUCACCAGAAUGUAGCCCAGAUUGCGAUUCUCCUCCUGCUGUUGCCCAUGGACAUCAUACACUAGAUUCUUCAAUCUUUGCACUUAAACCUAGUAGUGCUACAUAUGGAUGUGAUGAAGGGUACACCCUGGUUGGAAAGAACAAACUCUCCUGCACUUCUGCAGGCUGGUCACCUGCAGCCCCUCAAUGUAAAGCUUUGUGUCUGAAACCAGACAUAGAACAUGGAAGAUUAUCUGUGGAUAAGGAUAGAUAUGUUGAACUUGAAAAGGUCACCGUCCAGUGUGACUCUGGCUAUGGUUUGGUUGGUUCCCAAAGUGUCACUUGCUCAGAGGACAGAACCUGGUACCCGGAGGUGCCCAAGUGUGAGUGGGUGUAUCCUGAAGGCUGUGAGCAAGUGGUCAAAGGCAAGAAACUCAUGCAGUGUCUCUCAAGCCCAGAGGAGGUGAAAUUGGUCCUGGAGGUGUACAAACUGUACCUGGAGAUUCAACAACUGGAGCUUCAGAUAGAUAAGGCAAAGAGUGCCACUAAGUAGUUUCCCACAAGAGGGAGGAAAUUGUGCCUUGCUUCCUUUAAUCCAAUAUGGAUCACCUCAGUUAAUCACCUUUACCAUCUCAUUUACACCAUCAUUUUGGUGAUAAUUAUCUAGAAAGAUUAAUUUGUUCAUUUUUAGUGCUUGGAGAGUGUAGAAUUAUUAAUCAUUUUCUGACUCAUAUUUCUGCUUUUCUGGACACAGAGUACACAUUUUAUCAAUUAAAAAAUUUAC